GCAAACGAACGACGGCAGUUCACGCACUACGAGUAGGGCGCUGGUCGGCACCGAAGCACCCCGAGCGACAAGUGAAAUAAGCGAAAGAGAGAGAAAGAGAGAGAAAGAGAGCGAGAGAGAGAGAGAGAGAGAGAGAGAGAGAGAGACGCACGCACCACUCGCCACGCAUACUCUGGUAUAUCGUUGGCCAGAUUAAAAGUGGAACGAGCCAACGGAGACACCUUGCUAAGCCGACCGUUCUGAGAAAUUUUCUUCAGAGCUUAGGGAGGACCAACGGUGCCCACUCCUUGCAACACGAUACCCCAUUCAGUUUCAUUGCUCUUUGCUCGACCAAGGGCUCGACCAACUGAACUUUCAACUUUUGCUACGACUACUUUUUCUUCUUCUUCGACCUAUUGAUAGCGGAUAAACCGAUAUGUCUUCUGCAGUAGCCAAGACUUCAAAGUACUCGUACCGCUCGACCGGUACUGGUGGCCAGGCAGACGUCAGCAUCGAGUACAGUGCCGAUCUUAGUGCUUUGUCCCGACUCGAGGACAAAAUCCGCCUAUUGCAGGAUGACCUCGAGACCGAGAGAGAGUUACGUCAGAGAAUCGAACGAGAACGAGCAGAUUUGAGUGUGCAAGUCAUUCAGUUAUCAGAACGUUUAGAAGAGGCUGAAGGCGGCGCUGAAUCUCAAUUUGAAAUUAAUAAGAAAAGGGAUACUGAAUUAUUAAAGUUAAGAAAACUUUUAGAAGAUGUACAUCUCGAGAGUGAGGAAACUGCACAUCUUUUGCGUAAAAAACACCAGGAAGUCGUCGUUGAUUUCCAAGAUCAAAUUGAUCAGCUCUCCAAGGCUCGUGCUCGAGCCGACAAAGAAAAAGCAAAAUUCCAACAAGAAGUGUAUGAGCUCCUUUCCCAGAUCGACAAUGUUACCAAAGAAAAGAUUAUGUCCAUCAAGACCGUUGAAAAAUUGGAAAUUCAUGUAUCGGAACUCAAUGUUAAGAUUGAGGAGCUCAAUCGUACUAUUGUUGAUAUCACAAGUCACAAAACCCGUUUGUCACAGGAAAACAUUGAACUUGUUAAAGAAGUUCAAGACCUAAAGGUGAACAUUGAAAACAUCACUUACCUGAGAUCCCAAAUAGCUAGUCAACUCGAGGAUGCACGUCGCCGAUUGGAAGAUGAGGAACGCCGCCGAUCACUUGUUGAGGCAUCUCUUCACCAGGUUGAGACAGAGCUGGAGUCAGUUCGCGUACAAAUGGAGGAAGAGUCAGAGGCCCGUUUGGAGCUGGAGCGACAAUUGGUGAAAACCAAUGGAGAAGUUUCCAUCUGGAGAUCUAAGUACGAAACCGAGGCAAAUGCACGCGCUGAAGAGGUCGAAGAGUUGCGCAGGAAAUACAGCGCUCGCAUCCAAGAACAAGAAGAGCAAAUCGAAACUCUUCUCGUCAAAAUAAACAAUCUUGAGAAACAGAAAUCACGCCUCCAAUCUGAAGUUGAAGUUCUCAUUAUUGAUUUGGAGAAGGCUAAUGGAACAGCUCGGGAAUUGCAGAAACGCGUUGAACAUCUUGAAAAAGCCAAUAUUGAACUUAAAACACGUCUCGAAGAAACUAUUCAAUUGUACGAAGUGAGCCAACGUGAUUUGCGCAACAAGCAACAAGAGCUUCAACGUACUAAUGCCGAGCUCGACAAAACUCGCGAAAUGAAGGAUCAAUUAGCUCGUGAAAAUAAGAAACUGUCUGAUGAUUUGGGCGAUGCCAAGAACCAACUUGCUGAUAUGAAUCGCAGAUUGCACGAACUUGAACUUGAGCUUCGUCGUCUGGAGAACGAACGCGAAGAAUUGGCUGCUGCUUACAAAGAAGCCGAGGCCGGUCGCAAGAUCGAAGAACAGCGUUCUCAAAGACUUUCUGCUGAACUUAGUCAACUCCGUCACGAGACCGAGCGUCGUCUUGCCGAGAAGGAUGAAGAAAUUGAGGCGAUUCGCAAGCAGAUGAGCAUAGAAAUAGAACAGUUGAACGCGCGCGUGGUCGAGGCUGAGAUCAAGCUCAAGACGGAGGUGCAGCGCGUCAAGAAGAAGAUGCAGAUCCAGAUCACCGAGCUCGAGCUGGCCCUCGACGUAGCCAACAAGACCAACCUCGAUCUUCAGAAGACCAUCAAGAAGCAGUCGCUCACUCUGACCGAGCUGCAAGCCCACUACGACGAAGUUCAGCGCCAGCUGCAGGUGACGCUCGACCAGCUGGGCGUGAGCCAACGCCGCCUGCAAUCCCUGACCUCCGAACUGGAAGAGGUUCGCGGCAACUACGAGUCUGCCCUCCGCGCCAAGAGGACGGUCGAGCAGCAGUACGAGGAGGCACACAGUCGCAUCAACGAGCUGACCACGAUAAACGUGAACAUCGCCUCGUCCAAGGCCAAGCUGGAGCAGGAGCUGUCCACCCUGGCCGGCGACUACGAGGAGGUGACCAAGGAGCUGCGCGUGAGCGACGAGCGCUACCAGCGCGUGCAGAACGAGCUCAAGCACACCGUCGAGAUCCUGCACGAGGAGCAGGAGCGCAUCGUGAAGAUCGAGGCCAUCAAGAAGAGCCUGGAGAUCGAGGUGAAGAACCUGUCCGUGCGCCUGGAGGAGGUGGAGGCCAACGCCAUCGUCGGCGGCAAGCGCAUCAUCAGCAAGCUCGAGGCCAGGAUCCGCGACCUCGAGCUGGAGCUCGACGAGGAGAAGCGCCGGCACGCCGAGACGGUGAAGAUCCUGCGCAAGAAGGAGCGCAACAUCAAGGAGGUGAUGAUCCAGGUGGAGGAGGACUCGAAGAACAUCGCGCUGCUGCAGGAGUCGCUGGACAAGGCCAGCCAGAAGGUCAACAUCUACAAGCGCCAGCUGCAGGAGCAGGAGGGCAUGUCGCAGCAGAGCGUGACGAGGGUGCGCCGCUUCCAGCGCGAGCUCGAGGCCGCCGAGGACCGGGCCGACUGCGCCGAGUCCAACCUGUCGCUGAUCCGCGCCAAACACCGCAGCUUCGUCACCACCUCCACGGUGCCCGGCUCCCAGGUCUACCUCGUGCAAGAGUCCAGGCAGGAGCUCUAAGCUGCGCUCCGUCGACUCUAACGACAACAACAACGUGUCGAUCGGUGCCGCGCGGUAUCUCCGCCCUAGGCUAGAUGUCUGAGAGGAGCCUCGGAGCGGCCUGCAGUCCGAACCAAUGACCGCGCUUACUCGGUGUUUACCUCAUCCGGCUACGUAAUUUACCUGUAUUCCAAGCAGCAUUCGCCACAUCGGUCAGCUUCGAUAAAAAAAAUCACAUAAAAAAUCACAACGACGAGAGCAACGGCAAUGACAGCUUGUGCGCCCGUCCAUGUGUGCACUCUCUUUUCACGCUUUUCAUCUGUCGGCUCGACCGAUCGUUCUUCCCUCGUUAGCCUCCCGCUAACGGACCUUGCGCGCUUCCAAAAUCGUUAUCAUUGUCCCAAGCGACCCGCGACCCGUGACCCGCGAUCCGCGAUCCGCGAUCCGAGAGCAGCUCCAUUCUCGACAUCACACAAGACUCGCGUUGUUUCGCUUUUUUAUACCCCAUCACGACCGCAACCGCACGCAUCUUCAUCGCUCUGCUUUUACAAUGCGCAAUAAGCUGCUUUCAAUCGUCCUUUAUGUCAUUAUUUCUACUGCGGCCGCUACUGCUACUGACGUUGUUGUUACCGUUACAGACCCGUACUGCAUGCCCACUUGACGUAAUCAAAUACAUCAUUGAUCAAGCCUUUUCAUUUAUUUAUUUUUUCUAUAGCAAUAUUUAAAACUAUGAAAAUACCGUUAAGUCGGCUCGUAAGUAAGAAAUAAAUGUAAAGUUUCAUUAAAACAAA